AGCAGCAGCAGCAGCUGCAGCAGCUGCGCCCAACUUAACUUCACACUGGCAAUUUGAUCUUCACCUUCUUGUUCUCUCGCUCUCUUUGCCAAUCGCUUAAAAUUGCAUGGUAGGCUUUGCGGAGAGAGCGAGAGAAAAAGAAGCAAAGAAGAGCAGAUCAAAAGUGAAAAAUUGCGUCGUGCUGCUGCUUAAAAACGUUUUAAGUCCAACACAAAGGUGUGAUAGCACCUGCAAAACGAUUAAAUCAUUAAAACUAACGGCGUUUUAUGCGGCAACACUUAAUUAAGCAUCAACCAAGUGUGUUUUAAAGAUUUUUAUUGAGAAGUAAGUAACGGCAACUGUAACCUGCGGGAGAAGGAAUAAGAAACAUUCAUACAUUCUACAAAAGCCAAAGUGAGCUUAAUAAAUAACUACACACGUAACUAAAAUUGCAUUUUUAAGACAGUUACCGAGUGGACAUCGAUUAAGUGGAUAAUUAAAGCCACUAAAACAGCAAUAAAAAUAAUUGAGACUCCCGCGGACAGCGACAGGCGGCAGCAGCACCCUAUAUGUAUGUACAUACAUACAUAUGUAUAUACAUAUGAACGUGUUGGCGUCUAUGCAUAGAUGUGUGUGUGUGUGUUUGCAUGGUAAGAAACCUCUCCAAAGAAAGUAGAAAAACUAAUGUUUUCUUGCAGUAUUUACUGUGAAGCCAGAAGUGUGUCCACUUUAUAUAGAAAUUCAUACGUUUUCAAUAUGAAGAAGAGAGUGCUCCUCUUAUCAUUCCCAAUAUGUACAUAUUGACCAACCCUGGACAGUACUUAUCAUCAUGUGAACUAUGCACUGCCUCAUUAGAUAUAAUUUGAUCGAUUACUGCCUUAUGUCGCAUAAUUAUAUACUUGAUGACCCACCUUUCGUGGGUUCAGUUCUUCAUCUGAGGCCGUGUCAGAAACAACCCGUUCGCAAUAAUGGUAGCAAGAAUCCCGGCAUUGGGCCUGAUCUGCCUGUUGGCUUGUCUUCUAGGAAGUCACACUGCCAAAGCCCAAGUUUUGCAGGCGUGCAGUGAGUCCAACAGCAUUGCAGUGAACCUGACUCUGUUUUCAGGCAUCUGGUGGGAGGUGGCCAGGCAGCCAGCCGGCAUUGAUUUCUGCACGGAGGUGAACAUAACCGUGCUGGAUAGAGCCAAUGACAAUGUCCUGAUCGAUACCACCUACGGAGUGUCGCCCGAUUAUCCUUGGGUGAAUCAAACCAUGAACGCCACCCUUACUGUGUCUGAUAAUAGUGCUUCCGAAGAUGGCUACAACUUCACCUACUGGAAUCCUCCUAGCUACACUCCGUACACAGUGUUCAAGAUCCUUUACACCGACUACACCGAUGUGACCUUCAUUUGUGGCUACACAAAUCAGACUGACAACUCGACAUCGUUUGGAAUUAUCCUAACCAGGGAUCGUACACCCACAACGGAUGCCCUCAAUAAGCUAGAGAGUGAUGCCAGUAGCCAAUUCCCCAACUUCUUGAACGGCACGAUGGCAUUGAUAACUCAGGGGGAAACUUGCUAUGCCGCCGGAGCCAAUCCAUCCACAAUUAUCUCCUUGCUAUUGAUUGGCGUGGCCUUUGUUCUUGGACUAUGUGCUGAUAGUCUGAUAAUUUAACUCGUUUUCCUUUUUCGUGGAUACUAGUAAAAUCUUGUAAGUCUUGUAAAAUUACAAUUAAUAUUCUAUUGUUUUUUGUAAUUUGUGUUGAAAUUCCGUAAAUCUAUUAUCUUGUAUUCAUAUUUAAUUU